CACGCACGCGCGGCGCCUCGCGCUCUGCUCAUAUGACGUUACCCAGCAUUCUGUGGGACAGAAACCAACAGAUCACGGAAGAGGAUGCGGGUCGCCUCAGAUAUGGAUUACCAGGUUGUGUUUGCAGCCUUGGAUACAGUAUGUGAAGAUAACAUUUCUGUUAUGUGCGGGCUUUCUGAUUUGCCGUACGGCGCUACUGCCAAGCGCCUGGUCACGUGUAUGAGACAGAUUCAGGAGCACGGCCGAGCCCUGGAGCCUGUGGUCUGCAGCUUCACCGCCGUCUUCCAUCAUUAUGACUUUGACGCACAAACGCCUGGGAAUGGUUACCGCACCCUGGUCAAGGUCUUGCUGUCUUGCCUUUUGCACAUCAUUCACAAGGGCCGUUACAUUGUCUCCAAUUACAACAGUGCCUUCUUCAGGGCGGACCACAAUGCCUCUGAGAUGGAGGCGUACUGCAGCGCUCUGUGCCAGCUGCGUGCCCUGCUCCACCUCGCCCAGCGGCUGAUCCACGACAAUGAAUACGGCCAGCUGUACUCCAUGCAGGACGGGGACCUGAGCCGCAGGUUUGUGCAGGAGUACAGCUCCAUGCACAAAGCCUGUUUCUAUGGCCGCUGUCUGGGCUUUCAGUUCUCGCCAACUCUUCGUCCAUUCCUCCAAACCAUAGUCAUAAGCAUGGUUUCAUAUGGAGAGAUGUAUGGUAAACAGCAGUCUGGCAUGGGUAUGGCAGCCCUUUCCCUCCUCACAUCAGGGAAGUACGUCAUUGAUCCAGAGUUGCGGGGCGCUGAGUUUGAACGCAUUACACAGAACCUGGACUUGCAGUUCUGGAAGUCCUUCUGGAACCUCACAGAGUCCGGCCUUAUAGCAGGCUUUUGCAGAAUAGCCUCUUGCCCAGUACAGGUGAACUUCACCCUGACUGUGCCUCCUGUCACUCUACGCCUCCCACUGGCCUCAGACUCCAGUCUAACAGCCACCGUGUCACCUCCAAUAGCCCACUGUGGCCCCGGGCCAGUCCACAUGCGUCUGAUCUCCUGUGAGCUUCGAGAAGGACAGGACAGUGAAGAGCUGCUAGCUUUUUCUCGAAGCGAUCCUCCCCCCAUCUCCGCUUCCCAUCUCCCCUGGGUACAGAAGCAGCCUCGCUCCCCCUGUCUGCUCAUCCACUUCCAUGGAGGGGGCUUCGUGGCCCAGACUUCUAGAUCCCAUGAGAAUUACCUGCGGAUUUGGUCGAAGGAGCUGAGCGUACCUGUCCUCUCCGUGGACUACUCUCUGUCACCCGAAGCGCCCUUUCCCAGAGCUCUGGAGGAAUGUUUCUACGCUUACUGCUGGGCUCUCAAAAACUGUCAUCUGCUGGGCUCCACAGCAGAGCGGGUUUGUCUGGCAGGUGACAGCGCCGGAGGGAACCUCUGCAUCACUGUGUCCAUGAAGGCCAUGUCCAGCGGCAUCCGAGUCCCUGACGGCAUCAUGGCUGCCUACCCCGCCACCUUGCUCACCACUGACGCCUCGCCCUCCCGCUUGCUCACGCUCAUCGACCCGCUGUUGCCUCUAGGUGUUCUCACAAAGUGCAUCAAUGCCUAUGCAGGUGCAGACUGUCAGACGGUGCAGCCUGCAGUGGGAAGCAGCAGUCUGAGCACUCUGGGUAGAGACACCGCUGUGCUGCUCAGUGAUCUCACCCAGGGAGCCUCCAACUGGAUCCAGUCCUUUCUGGACCCCAUGCGGACUUCAGGUGGAGUGCGCUCACUGUCAUCAAUGCAGAGGAGGUCCCAGAUCAACGAUACUCGCAGGACAUCCACACACACCUCGACACCAAACUGCGGAGAUCACGUGGAUUACCCAGAGGGCUUUGAGCCCCUGCGUGCCGAGUGCCUGGCUUUUAUUCGCCCAACUUCCUGCCCCAUUAUCAGGAACCCGUUUGUGUCGCCCCUGCUGGCUCCGAACAACCUGCUGAGAGGUCUUCCACCUGUACACAUAGUGGCCUCUGCUCUGGAUGCCUUGCUGGAUGACUCAGUGAUGUUUGCCAAGAAGUUGCGAGACAUGGGCCAGCCUGUGAGUCUGACCGUGGUGGAGGAACUGCCUCAUGGCUUCCUCAGCCUAUCACAGCUCGCCAAGGAGACGGAGGUUGCUGCAGAAAUCUGUGUGGAGAAAAUACGGAAGAUUUUUCAGCAAGAAACCCAGAUGCCUGCUCUUCGCGAACAGCCAAAGCUGCAAAAGACUUACCCGAGUACCAAUCUGUCAGGCUGAUUUAUCCGUCAUUCGUGGGACUUUCUUGUUCCUGGAUGAAAAAGAGAUCUGACAUAAUGUGGUUAGAGAGCUGCAAUAAAUUUAAGAAAAGGAAACAAGUCAGGGAGAAUUAUGAGGAUGCAACAAAAACUGUAAAACUGGAGGAAGCUUAGGGACACUGUGAUCUAUUCUGCACAUUUUCUGUAGGCAACAAUGAUUGAGAGAGCCACUAAAAACUUUCUAUAACCAGCACUAAUAUGAUCCUAAAUGAUGACAAAAAAUUUAAUAAUUAAGUAUUUUUCUACCAAGAUUUACAUGUUCAGUAUCCAGAUCAAACGCACAUUGAGAAUAUUACAGACUGACAGAAAUUUCACCGUAACCAGCUCUCGCAGCAAUUUCUUAACUGAUAUAUGUCAGUAACGGGAGCUGUUGUGCCUUGAAUUUAAAUGCUGCUACAUUUGCGUAGAGUAUGAAGAGAAGCUUUGCCUUUAUUACCAAACUGACCAGGAUUAAAGGUUUACUUGUACAGGAAACACAUUUCAGAUGCACUGUAUUAUUAUUAUCAUUAUUAUUAUUUGGAAUAAAUGUAUAAUCUGGUUCUGCCAGUUUAUCACGUGUUGAUGAGGUAGUAUUUACCAGCAGGGUGUGCGUGUGAAAGUAACUUGUUAUACUGUAAAUUAAUUCUUAGUAUUUCUUACUAUAAAUAUUUAACACUGUGUUGUUAUAUUUAAAGUUUGAAUUAAAUCACAACUACAAGGAUUGCUUGUGCUUAUUUGAAGCUAAAGUGAAUCGAAAAGUUACAUGAUGUUAACUAGAACUGUUAGCACAACCUGACACCACCUGAUAAACCUCUUAACCCUGUUAAUAAUAUUAAUAUGUAAAUCAGAAAUUAUGUAAUUUAAUCAGCCAUUUCAUAAAGCGUGGUUAUUUUACCAUGUAUUAUGUAGAAACACUGUAAAGAAAAUAAAUAAAUAAUAAUAAUAAUC